CGUUUUUGUGGCUGUAAUCUCACCACUUUCGGUCCCGGGCCGUUGUAUCCCAGCUUGCGCCAAAGUCAUCCUGGUCUAUUUUUGUUUCACAUUCUCUGUUUCACUCGUCAGCGUCAGUAAAGCUUGAUGCUUGGUAGUCUCGUUGGGUAUAUAAAGGCAGAUUUCGACCGUCCUUGCUUGAUAUCAUCAGCAUCAGCAAACCCCACAAACCUACCUCUACCACAACACUUAUAUCCACACAUCACAGUUCAUUGACUGAACGACUUGCCUCGCCUUGAGUACCUGCAAACUAUUCCAAGAUACCCUUAAGCUGCGACCUUCUAUAUCUCACAUCUGUCACCGCCGAGAUCAACCCUAUAACAGGCAAUCAGCAAUGUCUUCCGAAAACAAGCAAACACAAAAGUUAGUCAUUCAUGUCACUCUUGUUGCUCUGCCCAUGCUGACAGCUGUCAAUAGAACUGGCAACGGAGUCAGCAACAGUCUCAGCGCUGAGAAUCUGAGCCGCAUUCCGGAUGGCACCAGCGGAGGUAUAGUGGAGCGCUUCACGCAGUCCCCAGCAGCGGACGAGCCAUACUUUGCGCGAGCACGAAUGCAUGAUCGCUCCGAGCACGCGUCACGGCUCUCGAGCCAGCUCGAAGCGACAGAAAAGGUUCUGGGGAAACGAUAGAGAUGCUUGAUCGCAGGUCACAGUAUUAUGCGAAUAUUUGAAACGUGAGCAUGUAUGAAUAGCAGGAAGGAUUGUCUAUGUACAGAGUCUAU